CCAGAGAGACCUCUUUUGCCGUCCAUCCACUGCCCUGAGCACGGCUGACCAUGUCCUGCAGGACAAAAACAAUACCAGUGCCAUGGAGCAAACUUGGGAUUCUUACAUCAGUUCCUUAAAUCAGAACUCUUUGCCCAGACAAGUGGAGGUGACCCAGGGAAGAUAUUCAGGGUCACUUGAAAACCUGUCAUUCUCCAAAGGGGAUAUCAUCACGGUGGUGGACCUGGAGCCAGUUUACGUCAGAGCAGAAGUGAAGGACGGUGAUCAAGUUCUGGACGUGGUCACUAUACCUCUUAGAUAUGAAGGGAACUUCCAACUGAUGGCAGACCCGGUUUCUUUUGAAACUGUGGCUGAUUUAAUCCGUUCUGUCCGACUUCCCCGGAGUCCUGUGGCCCAUAGAAGUCCUCCCCGCUUCCAGAACUCAAUCCCCAUCUCCGCAGACAAUUUGCCCAUGAAGCUCAGGAAAGGAGAAACACUGUCCUUAAUUGGCUUUAAAGAGAGACAGGGGAGGAGGCUGCUGCAAUGCGAGGUGCUGAGGAAGAAACCACCACUGACAGUGCUCCUCCCCAUGGACUGCAGGGGCCACUUCCUGGAGUGCCAGGACGACCGGUUCUACUCCAUUGACACCAUCGUGAAGUGGAAGAUGCUUGCAGGGAGGAAACGCAGGGUUAGAGUGCAAGCAAGACAUCACCCGAGGCUCCUUGGCCCCCUGGUUCCAGAGCACUUUCGUGGACAUUUAGUUUUGUAUCCCUGUUUCUCAGUGACGGCAAAUCUGCUAGGUGAGACCCGGGUUAACAUCCCCUCCGAUCUGGAUAUCAGUGUUAUUGAGAUUGCCAGCCUUGAUCGUAAGCCCAGGACAACGAUGAGACAAAUAUACAGCAUGGAAGAAAGCAAGUUCCCAGUGAGAGUUAAAAUAAUGAAUGCGGUCCAGUCGGAGAACAAGGAGUACCGAAAGCCUCUGAAGUGUGGGCAGCUCUUAACCAUCCUCAAGGCUGAAGAGGUGAAAAAAUUCGUUGCCACUGAGAUUUCCCAAGGAAAGAAAGGGAAGUGUUUUCUCGUCCCAUACACCUAUCAGGGUCUGGUGCUUAGGAGAGGUCGUUACUUUUAUGCUGUCUCUGAUGUUGCUGCUGCCAUGAAGCAUGGACAGCUCUGCUUCCAGGCCUCCCGGGACUACACCUCCUACCUGGGAUCAUUUGCAUCUUUCAGAGCCAACGAGUGCUUCCUGGCCCUGAAGAAGAGUGUGGUUUCCGCCGAGAUUCACGGUGGGCUGCACAGGGUGGAAGUGCUCAAGUGCCUGAACAUUGCCACUAAAGCCCACGUCAAACUGCCUUUGUUUGCCGUAGGUGAGUUCCUGGAGCUGUUUGACGGCGCUAGGCCAGGGACCCUGCAGGAGCUAUGCCAAGUCACAAGACUGCCGUGCCACAUCAGAGUGGCCAGCCCAGAUCCCUCCAUGUCUGUAGACCCUCUGUAUGGAACUAAGGAACUGAGAAUUGAAAAUGUCAUCACUGAACAAUGCCUCAUAGCCAAAGAUGAGCCAACACUGGAGGACAUAAUCUCCUCAGCAGACAUGUACAGGGAGUGGCCAGAAGCCACGUUUGAAAUCCCGAUUGAGAAGAUAAGCUGUGAGGUGUUAGUGGUAGAAGAGCGUUCCUGGAUAGCAGAUGUCAGGAAAGAGAGAUGCAGGCCUCUCCAGAGCAUCCAGGAGGUCACUAAGGAGUCUCUGGCCUUUAGUAAUUGCUUGGUUAUUCGCCGUCCACCGCCACCUGCUCCAAAGCCCAGAAGUUUGUUCUAA